AGAAAAGUGCUCAACGCCCGUCAAUUUCGGAAGAUUAAUGGAGUGCAUUUCUUCAUUUCUCAUUGCAGACACUCUGUUGGAACUCAUAGAAAGACAGUAAAGAAAAGUAAUACAAACCAGCAGAACAAAAGUGGAUGCUUAUUUCUACAGUGGUGAGAGUGGACUUCUCAAGACUUCUCAACUUGAGACAGUUUUGCUCGUCAAGAAGGCUGCAUAGACUGACUAUAAUAUUCAACUAAAUAAAUCAAUAUAUUUGGUACCUUCCUGGACUUGGAUGAGCUUCCUGAUGAGAGAUCCAGUCAUACAAGGAACGAGUAUGGCAUACCAUCCGUUUUUACCUCACCGGGGUCCGGAAUUUGCCAUGAGUGCAAUGUUGGGUCACCAUCCUCCAUUUUUCCCGGCCCUGGCGCUACCUCACAACGGCUCCCUCUCGCUCCCGAGCGCCCUGGGGAAGCCUAUCAUGGACCAGCUGAUGGGCGCCGCGGACUCCGGCCUCCACUUCUCCUCGCUGGGGCACCAGGCAGCCGCAGCCCAUCUGAGGCCUCUGAAGACUCUGGAGCCUGAAGAAGAGGUCGAAGAUGACCCAAAAGUUCACCUGGAAGCGAAGGAACUUUGGGAAACUUUCCACAAGCGAGGCACUGAAAUGGUUAUCACGAAAUCCGGAAGGUGAGCGCAACUUUUAUGUAUUCGAAUAUGGCAUAUUUGUGUUCUGCAGUCGAAAUACAUCAGUCUACAUCUUGUUAUUAUGAAGAUCAUUCUGAUCAUCAAUACGCUGGCAUUCCUCUCGAGUGAAUUGAUUUAUUGAUGGGUGCUUGGAACUGGACCUCCGCGAAUGGUGGCCAACAUUUUGAUUUCAAACUAGGGUCAUUUCUCGUGGUUACAGGCUGGCUAUGUGUGUAAAUCAGUUGAAUAGAAUAGCCUAACUUUGUCCUAUCGACAGAAUCUGUAUGGCCAGAUUGCAUGGUCAUGUAAUCUCAACACGAGAUAAAAUAAAACCCAACCCAAACUAUAAAAUAUACAACACAUAAGGCUGUAACACUUUAACUUCUAAUGACACAAUAAAACUGUGAGCAAUUCUAAAAUGUAGGCUACAAAACAAUUUAUCGAAGUUUGUAGACGUAAAGUCAGCCCACAAUAUUAGCCUAUAAAACGGAAACAUGCAGGCCUAGGCCUAGAUGUUAUUAUAAAAAAGUGUAAUAACAAAUGUUAUUAACACAACAAACGAAUAGAAUGCGGUACAAAUACAGUUACACAUUGCAUGCUGUACAUAUUAUGCGUUUUUAAAUUAUUUGUAGGCGGCAGAUAUUUGUGGGUGUUUUGUUUUCUCGCACAGGACUCUGUUAGAUUAAUAAUUUCUGCAUGGACUAAAUCGUAUGGCUGACGCAUAUACGUAUAGGCCUACAACUAAAUGUAAAAUGUGUAAUAAUUUAGUAUUCGCAGUGUUACAUUUUCAUUAUCAUAAUCAGUAUACUAGCAAUGUAAAGAUGGCUGCUCCAUAUGUGUGUAUGAACAUAGGCUAACAAUAUUCAGUCACUGUGUAAGGUAGGCCAGUCCACUGUUUUUAAGUGAUUUUCUUAUUCCAUUUCACAGGCGAAUGUUCCCUCCGUUCAAAGUGAGAUGCACUGGCUUGGACAAGAAAGCAAAGUACAUUCUGUUGAUGGAUAUUGUUGCAGCCGAUGACUGCAGGUAUAAAUUUCACAACUCGCGUUGGAUGGUGGCAGGGAAGGCCGACCCCGAAAUGCCAAAGAGGAUGUACAUUCACCCGGACAGUCCAGCUACUGGCGAGCAGUGGAUGUCAAAAGUCGUCAAUUUUCACAAACUCAAGCUGACGAAUAACAUAUCCGACAAGCAUGGAUUUGUAAGUUCAUCUAAUGUAUGUUUAUUUUCUUAUUUGCAUGCUUAUCGACAUUUUUGGCAUGUAUUAUAGUUAUCAUGAUUGUUAUUAGUAUUAUCAGAGGUAUUAUUAGUAGUUGCCUAAUAUUAAUAAGCCCAUUAACGUUGCAUCUCUGUGGCCAUAUGGAGCCGAGGGCUGAAAAGGCUUCACCAAAAUAUGCAGGCCUAAUUUCAAUUGAAUAGGUUUGUGUCCAUAAUGAAUUAGGUUUUAAUAUUUUCACUGCAACAUGUUUCCCAAACUUUUAUAUAUAAUGUCAAGCAAUGUGGUAAUCUACUGCUCAGGCCUAUAUACAUGUAUUGAACAUUUUUGGUAAAUGCAUUGUUGGUGAGAGAAAUUCAGGAGAAUAUUCUAAUACAGCCAUUGCGUCAAGUAGGCUAGGCCUGAACUACGAUUGAGUAGGCUACAUCAAAUGGCUAAUCUUCAUCAAAAGACAGAAAUCAGUGUGUGCUUAUCUUUUUUUAAAUCCAGAAUUCUUUCCUGUUCCAGACCAUCCUGAACUCCAUGCACAAAUAUCAGCCCAGAUUUCACAUCGUGAGAGCCAACGACAUUCUCAAACUCCCAUAUAGCACGUUCAGGACUUACGUUUUCCCUGAAACGGAUUUCAUUGCCGUAACUGCUUAUCAAAAUGACAAGGUAGGCAGAAUCACAUUUUAUUCGUUUAUUUUCAUGAAAUAGUUGUAUAUUUAUUUUGCAUCCAUUUUUUAUCAAAUAGUUUAUAUAGCCAAUGCUAGCACUGCGCCAUUUGCCGUCAUAAAAUAUGAAAGAUGUCAUAUUUAUUUAAUCUUGUUUGAGUGUUGGGCCUACAAGCUAUCGUGUUAGAUACAUGUAAACGUCAUCUCAUGCCGUGUUUCCUACUAAAGCAAAUGGGUCAGAAUUCUCAGGAAUGUAUGUAAUACAUAAUACUUCAUUAUAUUUAAUCACAUGGAAAGGAUUUGGCAACGACCCAGACUGUGUGUGUGUGUGUGUGUGUGUGUGUUUGCGAGACAGUGAGAGAGGCAAGGGGGAGGGGGAGUGUGAGAAAGAGAAAGAGAGGGGGAACAGAAUGUGCAGUUACUCAGAGAAAAUAGCAUUUUGAUUUUAACAGGCUGCGCUGGUGGUAACAUUUAAUUCCACAUGUGAUACACCGCUAAUCAAAAUCAUCUCUCAUGUUGGCUCUUUGAUAUAAGGGAGAAAUGUUAGCUAAGUGUUACCUCUGGGCACUUGGGUCAAGCAAAAAUGCAGUUAAUGUUUGGCAGCCACAUGAGUUGAGGAAUAUUGUCAAUCCUGCCAAAAUGUGCACGUGGGAGGGGUAGAAGGCGAGAGGAAGUGAGUGGGGGGGAAAUAAUGUCCUCUAAGAGGUUGCCAUUCAGUAUGCAUUGCAGAUGGGUGUGUGUGGGUGUGUGUGUGUGUGUGUGUGUGUGUGUGUGUGUGUGUGUGUGUGUGUGUGUAUGGGUGGGUGGGUGGGUGGGUGGGUGUGUGUAUGGAUGGGUGGGUGUGUGUGUGUGUGUGUGUGUGUGUGUAUGGGUGUGUGGGUGUGUGUGUGUAAAUUAAAAAUGGUCUCUUAUAGCAUCAGACCGUUAGCUCGUCACUAGUUUGAGAAUCAAUUAUCAACGAAUUUCCAACCAUUCAGAUGGUGGCUCAAUUAUGCAAUUUUUACAAAAAUAUUGCACUGAGAUGCGGCAACAAUUAGGCUUUCUAUGAUUUGAAGGUUAACUGUUGAACUAUGAGAAUAGAAAUCGAGGAUAAAUGUUACUCAAUUUACUUCCCCGAAAACUUUCCCACCUCUACGAACAUUUAUAUUUCUUUCAGAUUACACAAUUGAAAAUCGACCAUAAUCCUUUUGCCAAAGGAUUCCGUGACACUGGCAAUGGCAGACGAGAGAAAAGGUAAGGAGAAGUAGUAAACUAUUCCCUAACUGCGCAACUAACAUUUUACGAUUUCUGUUGUCUGAUUUUAUAGACACGAAGGCUGACAGUGAUUUUAGUGAAUUCCAAAAUGCGGUACGACUGUCCAGGGGAAUAAUUUUAUGACAACCCCUUCAAUCUAAAAUGAUACUAUGUAGUUCACGUUUUAUUAAUGAGUUGGCUGGCAGAGGUAAUAGACAUAGCUUAUCAUGUUGUAUUUACACUGUUAUGGUUCUCCGAGUGCAGAGAUCGAAAGAGCAAAAUACAAUUUUGAAACGCCCACUCUAGAAAUAGUGUGGAGUUAUUGAUAGUUAACUCUUCAAAAGCUUUUCUUGACCUCUUUGACAACAGUAUACAAGAAAAUGGUUUGGGCUGUGGGUUAUUAGUUGUGCAGUGGGUUUGAAUAGAUUGAUUUCUUCGAACAGACAUAUGUUGAUUGAUAAAAUGUUUCUGGAUAAUCUGCACUCAAAAUGAAUUGCAGGCCUGUGAAUUUGCCUAAACGCAAAGACUGUACAUGGCAAUCCGUGUCCUAAGCCUUGAAUAAAUUAUCCGUUGUCUUAUAGAUCGUUUUUUACAAAAUAAUAGUAGUGAUGACCAAUAACCUGUGUGCCUAAUGUAGGAAACAGCUGGCCCUGCAGUCAAUUCGCUCAUACGAGGAGCAGCAGAAAAAGGAGAACGGGACGUCGGACGACUCCUCCGGCGAGCAGGCCUCAUUAAAGUGUUUCGGCCAGGCCUCGUCUCCCGCAGUGUCUACCGUGGGGCCUCCCAACCUGAAAGGUAAUGGAGCCCACCGCCUCUGCUUGGGUUAAGAUUCAGAACUAGGCCUACACUUUCCGCACCUCACAGACCCACGUAAAAUAGACACCUACAGUAGCCUAUGCUUGUAAAAAAAAAAAUAGUGGGAGGUGAAAUAUUUUCCAAUGAGUAGGCCUAUGCAACAUUUUGGAUUUAGUUUGAAUUCAGUUGAAUGUCUUUGGAUAUCAGUAGGCUUACUGUGUUGAAUAAUUGCACGACAAAUUAUAUAAUUUUAUCCAACACCAACAAUAACAUACAAACUAUGUAGCCUAACUUUUAUGUAGGCUCAUUCUUGUAAUUCACAUUCACACGAUGGGUCUCUCGUGCUAAGAAUUUAGCAAUGAAAUUAAUCAUACAUCUGCCAGAAUUAUAUACUGGAUAUAGUUUUAUUUUUAUAAAAUAAAAUAAACUUUCGAGAUGUAGGCCUAGUCACGAAUGUCAGUUAUCUGAAUGACAAAAAUCGUUAGAAUUGUGAAAACACACCAUCGGUUAAAAUGAGGCCAAUUUGAAGGACAUGAUCAUAUGCUAAAGGUUAAUUUAAAAAUGAAAAUAAAUCAGUAUCCUAUGGAUUUCAAUGUAGCCCAAUACAUUAUGGAAUAAGUAUUAGGCACUAGCCUACGUAGCCUAUAGCAUUAGGCCUACCUAGCACGAUUAGCCGGACAGUGUCCUACAGAUAAUUACAUUUACAUUUUAGUCAUUUAGCAGACGCUCUUAUCCAGAGCGAUUUACAGUCAGUGAGUGCGUACAUUUUCAUACUGGCCCCCCGUGGGAAACGAACCCACAACCCUGGCGUUGCAAGCGCCAUGCUCUACCAACUGAGCUACAAUUACAGCUCAUUACAGCUCAUUACAGCGCAAACUAUGAUCCUCCAAAAGAACAUGGAUUAAAAACGAGGCAUAUUUGUUUAUAUGAGAUAUCAUUUUGACCUAUACUGAUUAUAUAUCUUGUUGUAAAUUAUUGUUAUUUUAUUUUAUUUUAUUAAUAUGGCAUCGAAAGUCAGGAAGAAAUUAAAUAAAGUAGGCUAUAUGAGAAUGUAGGCUAUCUGAAGAAUAAAACUCAAAACUAAAUUAAUCCUGAUUAACUUUGAUCAUCAUUUAUCAUGUAUCACUAACUUUUGACUCAUUCCUGAUAGAUUUCUGCGAGAGUGAUGAAGACAGCGACGAUGAAAGCAAUGGCAACCUAAAGGAUGGGCCGGACUCCAGUAAGAUCUCAACCACCACGGAGGAUGGGAAGGAUCAUGAGGCAAGCCUGACUAAAGGCCAUCAAUUUAGUGGCAGUGAUUCUACCGGCCGGUCUCGGGAAAGCGCCCCGAGGACUGAGAAGAGCCAAGCGGACUCACGACAGAGCCCCAUCACCGUGAUCUCCAGCACCACUCGGUCUGGAGAAGACUUCAAGAGUCCAAGCCGGGACCAGCCCAAAGCGGACGAGUGCAGGUCUAUAAGCAAGGAGAGCUACAUGCCUUUGACUGUUCAAACUGACAGCAGUCCGCACUUAAGCCAGAGUCACAUGCAUAAUUUUGGAUUUCAACCGGGUUUCGCGGGACAGCAGUUUUUCAAUCACUUAGGGGGCGCGCAUCCCUUUCUUUUGCACCCCAGUCAGUUCAACAUGGGAGGCGCGUUCUCGAAUAUGGCCGCGGGCAUGGGUCCCUUACUGGCAGCCGUGUCCUCCGGAGGGGUUAGUACCAUGGACACGGCCAGUAUGGCGUCACCUUCGCAAAGCCUGACGGGAGCUCAUGGACUGCCUUUUCAUCUGCAGCAACAUGUCUUGGCAUCACAGGUAAAACCUGUUUUAUUACCACCAGCAGUACAGUAAUGCCUGUGUAAAACACAUGUUAUGUGCUCCAGAGUUUUUCGUUAAAUUUUGACGAAUAUACUGGACAAUGUAGCCUAUGUCAUCUUAGGUGUCCUUGUCCCCAUUACUUUAUGUGUAAAUGUCAACAUGGUGUAGAAGAAAAAUAGUAUAAUUUCCACUUCGUUUUAAUAGCCUAGUUUAUUCGUUAUAGUGAUAAACAUCACAACAGGGGCGAGCAUAGCCUAUUGUAGAAAAUUGUGUUAUAGCCUAAAUAAUAACCAAAUGUGUUUUAUAGGGACUCAAGUUUAUUUGGAUUUUAGGAAGGUGUGGAUAUUAUUUGUCUCAAUUGUUUACAGCAUAUGUUGGGAUUUAGGCAGAGACCACCUAAGCAUUACAACAAUAGUUUUAGGCUAGUGUUGAUGUGAACUCAUUAAUUAAGUAUGUGUUUUAGAGGAACAUGGCGAAUGAGAUGUGCUUAGUGCUUCACUGGUUCGGGGAGGGAAAACAACUUCUCCUAAAUACAUAACAGAUUUGCUGUUUCCAUCUACUUUCAAAACACAUGUGUUGCAGAAAUAGUUCCUUUUAAAUUGCUAUUUUAUGUAGGCCUAGUUAAUGAGCAGCAUCAUAUAUAAAGAAUGUUUAUUUGCAUCAACAAUACAUGAACUAUUUGCAAAGCUACAUAAAACACGAUAUCACAUAGUGGUGGGUCUAGAUAUCACGUAACACACAAAAAAACUAAAUAUUUUGUCAAUUUGAUUCUCGGAAGGUUUUCAUCGUUUUACGCGUCGAUAGCUUUAUAUAUUGCAUAUUUUCAGGCUAAAUUCAAGAAAAUGUAUUGGUAAUCAGUUUACACCCCUCUAUGUCAACACCACCGUUGUAUAAAAUCAGUAUAAAGUCAGUACGCAUGGCCACAGAAAAGCAUAAUCAUGAAAAUCGCUUUAUGAGAAAAGUGAAAGUAGGCCUACACAGCCUUCAAAACAUUUCCCGUGAAGCUCAUGUGUCUGGAUUCAUUAUUCACACUCACUCACUACAUGACCUCAUUUCAAGAUAUAGGCCUACAUAGACAGUGGUCAAGUACAUUGUGAACAAUUUAAGUGUAGCCAAUUUUCUCUGUUUUGCUGUGUUAUUAUGGUGAGUAAAAGCUAGCGUCUGUUAAAUGACUAUUGUGCAUAGUUCUCUUCAUAUCCUUCCCCUCCUCUCUCCCCAGGGCCUGGCCAUGUCUCCAUUUGGGGGCCUGUUCCCUUACCCAUACACGUACAUGGCAGCAGCCGCGGCAGCCUCCUCCGCAGCCGCCUCCUCUGUCCACCGACACCCUUUCCUGAACGCAGUGCGCCCCCGCCUCAGGUACAGCCCUUACUCCAUCCCUAUGAGCGUUCCGGACAGCACUCUGCUCACCACAGCCAUCCCCUCCAUGGCGAGCAGCGCCGCCGAGAUGAAAGGGGACGGCAUUGCGACGAGCCCCGUCUCCGCCACCCUGGACUCCACCUCGGAGGUCACCAGCCGGUCGUCCACCAUAUCGUCCGGCUCGGUCUCCCUGUCCCCAAAAACUUGCUCUGGGAAAGAUUCCAUUAACGAGUUGCAGAGCAUUCAGCGUUUAGUCAGCGGACUUGAUUCCAUACAGGACAGGUCACGAAGCGUGUCCCCAUAGAUUCUAAUGUUGUUGUUGUUGUUGUUGUUGUGAUGAUCAUAAAAGGACGAUGAGGAUGAGUACGACGACACCCUUCUAGCGAAUGCGGGUUUAGAAAACUGACCUAUUGAACAGUUUAGAUUUUGAAAUGCACUUUGGUUAAAUACACAUCUCAUAUGUAUAUUUCUCUUUUGUUAAAUUAAACAACACUUUUGAAUUUUUCCUGUUAUUUGAAUACCAUACAAGUAUUGAAACUGAAAGGUUGGCAUGGAUAAUACUCACAGAUCUAUGAUAAAUUGCUGCUGUGUGAUGUCCUACGUAUACGUUUGUUUUAUGUCUAGUUACUGAGGUAACGAAAUUUGUUUGAUUUAAUGUGCACUCUGAAUUGGUUAUAAUUAUUUGAAUUCACUUCCCUUUAUCUUAUAAAGACUGCUGUGUUUGAUGUAUUAACUGCAUACCUAUUUGAAGCAUAUCAUUAUGCUUAUGGAGGUAGGUGACACUUUGCAUGCCCUACAAAACGCUACAUGUCUCUUUUAUGACUGUCUGUUUGUUGUUAUGAUUUAUUUUCACGACCAAAUUCAAAUGAUACGAAUAAGGAUAAAGAAAUGCUUCAGGCUGAUCUUAAAACCAAUCUGGAGGAAAAAACGUUUCAAUCCCUCCCUUUUUUUCUAAGGAAUCAAUCAAUUGGUCUUCGGUUAUUGGUUUUACAAACGAAUUUCUCUGUAGGCCUAUGUCAAUUUAUAAACGCAGGAUUAUCCUACGGAAAUCCAUUUACUGGCACUUGUUUGAAGUAGGCCAAAACAGAACCGAGGUUAUAAGCUUCAUGUGCGAGUGGUUGAGACUGUCCUAAAAUCGCAUGCCGAAUCCAACAUAAGUAUUCAACUGGCAAAGGGAAUCUGAAAUACAAUUGAAAAGGUAAUAUUGAUUAUAAAUGUAAAUAGUGAUAUAUACAAAUAUUUAUGUAAUUAUUUCAUAUUGAUAUUGAUAUUGCGUGUAAAUACAACGGAGUAGUUUGAUUUUAGGGAUCUGUCCUUAAUUUAUUGUCGAUACCUGUAUAAAGAUAGUUCGUGGUCUUUUAUCCUUGUUUUGCCAUCUGCAUUGUAUAUCGCCCUGAAUACGGAUUUACCUGUACCCCAAAUAUCCACAGAGCUAGUUAUUUUAGCGGACACACUCAUGUGCCAUUGUACCUUUAGCCUACCUGUUGUCUCUGUGUGUUAAGUGUUACUGUCCCGACGAAUGACAGCGAGAGCACACUGCACCAACAGCUUUCUGAAAAGAAAUAAACAUUCGUCUAGGUGUGUGUCAAAAUGGACGAAUUUUCUGUUUAAAAAUACAUUGCAGCCUGAUAGUAAAAGUGCUGCAUCUUAUUGAAAUAUGAAGGUUCCUUUUGUGUUUAUAAAGUUGUCAUUGGGUUAUGUUGUAUUCGAUUUUUGUCUAGUUUACAACAUCAACGAUGUGUUCUUGAAAGUGUCAAUAAAAUAUUAAAAUGCAGUCUCCAUA